UUUCUUCUUGGCCUCUUUCCUUUUCUCCUCGGACACAAAACAAACGCACGCACAGUACAAAUGCACCUCUCUCUCAGUUCCGCUGUGUACAAUUUUCCAGCAGAAAAUUUUGCACUAACACCUUGUGAAAAACCUGCAUUUUCUCUCCUGAAAUACUACUUACUCUUACCUGUUUACUGACCGAUCCCCAAUCAGCAAUCACUCUUCCGCUAUUCCUCUACUCUCUCUCCAGACACACACAAUCACGCUUACCUGGACUAACUGGGAAAACUGGUUGAUUGAUUUCUUCAUUUAUUGCUUUGAUUGUUUACCGAUUGAUAAUAAUGGCGCUAUCAGCUUCCGACUUGCCGAUGAUGUAUACGCUUCUCGCAAAUUCAUUGAGCGGCGAUCAAGGCGUGCGUAAGCCAGCCGAAGCUGCCCUAGCUCAAUCCGAGAAUAGACCUGGUUUCUGCUCUUGCCUUAUGGAAGUUAUCACUGCAAAAGAUAUAGUGUCUCAGGUGGAUAUCCGGUUAAUGGCAUCCGUAUAUUUCAAAAACAGUGUUAAUCGGUAUUGGAGGAACAGGCGUGAUUCUUUGGGAAUUAGCAAUGAGGAGAAGAUUCAUUUGCGGCAGAAACUGUUAUCACACUUGAGAGAAGAAAAUGAUCAGAUUGCUCUUACCUUGGCAGUGCUUAUUUCGAAAAUUGCUCGGAUUGACUACCCAAAAGAUUGGCCAGAUCUCUUUUCUGUCCUAGCACAACAACUUCAAUCAGCUGAUAUUCUUAGUUCACACAGAAUUUUUAUGAUUCUCUUCCGAUCUUUGAAGGAGUUGUCCACUAAACGUCUUACUGCAGAUCAAAGAAACUUUGCUGAGAUAUCAGCCAAGUUUUUUGAUUAUUGCUGGCACCUUUGGCAGAGAGAUAUGCAAACUAUACUGCAGGGUUUCUCAGUUCUUGUUCAAAAUUCCAGUCUUGGUGCUUCUGAGUUACGCCAAGAUGAUCUUUACCUUUCAUGUGAAAGAUGGUUUCUUUGUUCAAAGAUAGUACGCCAAUUAAUAGUUUCUGGCUUUUCCAGUGAUUCAAAAGUUAUACAGGAGGUACGCCCGGUCAAGGAUGUCUCUCCUAUGAUGUUGAACGCCAUCCAAUCAAUUCUUCCAUACUAUGCAUCUUUCCAGGAGCAACAUCCCAAAUUCUGGGACUUCUUAAAGAGGGCUUCUAUCAAGUUGAUGAAGAUUUUAGUUGCAAUUCAGCUCAGGCAUCCUUACUCAUUUGGCCAUGAAUCUGUCCUUCCUGCAGUCAUGAACUUCUGUUUGAAAAAGAUUAUGGAUCCUGAACCAUAUCUAUUGUUGUUUGACCAAUUCUUGAUUCAAUGUAUGUCAAUGGUGAAAACUGUUCUAGAAUGUAAAGAAUAUAAACCAAGCUUGACUGGGCGUGUGAUUGAUGAAAAUGGAGCUACACUUGAGCAAGUGAAGAAAAAAGUUUCUAGUGCAGUUGCUGGUUUACUGGCUUCUCUCCUCCCCAGUGAUCGUGUGGUACUUUUGUGUAACAUACUCAUUAAGAGGUAUUUUGUCUUAAAAGCAAGUGAUUUGGAAGAAUGGUACCAGAACCCAGAGGCCUUUCAUCACGAGCAGGAUUCAGUAUUGUGGUCUGAGAAAUUAAGGCCCUGUGCUGAAGCUCUAUACAUUGUUCUUUUCGAAAAUCAUAGCCAACUGCUAGGUCCUGUUGUUGUUUCCAUUCUUCAGGAAGCGAUGAAUGGCUGCCCUUCUUCAGUAAAUGACAUAACUCAGGCAUUGCUCCUCAAGGAUGCUGCUUAUGGUGCGGCAGCAUAUGUUUAUUAUGAGCUUUCUAAUCAUCUGAGCUUUAAAGACUGGUUCAAUGGUGCACUAUCUCUAGAACUAACAAAUGAUCAUCCAAAUAUGCGCAUCAUCCAUCGGAAAGUGGCAUUAAUUCUUGGGCAAUGGAUAUCAGAGAUAAAAGACGACAUGAGAAGAUCAGUGUAUUGUGCUUUGAUCAAAUUGCUUCAGGACAGAGAUUUGUGUGUCAGGCUGGCUGCAUCCCGAUCUGUAUAUUUUCACAUUGAAGACGCGAAUUUCUCAGAGCAUGACUUUUUAGAUCUUCUACCGGUGUGCUGGGAUUUAUGUUUCAAUCUAAUGGAGGAAGUACAAGAGUUUGACUCAAAGGUUCAAGUUUUAAAUACAAUCUCUGUCCUUAUUGCGCAUGUGAAUGCGGUUAUCCCAUACACAAAUAAGUUGUUGCAGUUUUUCCAGAAGGCCUGGGAGGAAUCUUCUGGUGAAAGUCUUCUGCAGAUUCAGCUUCUUUCUGCAUUAAAGAACUUUGUAUGUGCUCUUGGUUAUCAGUUACCUAUCUGCUACAACAUGUUGCUACCAAUUUUACGAAGUAGUAUUGAUGCAAAUAGCCCAGAUGAACUUCUUGAAGACAGCAUGCAGUUAUGGGAAGCCACAAUCUCACAUGCUCCAUCAAUGGUACCUGAGCUAUUGGGAUGUUUCCCCUGUCUGGUGGAGAUAUUAGAGAAAAGUUUUGACCAUUUAAAGGUUGCCGCUAAUAUAAUCGAAGGGUACGUGAUAUUGGGUGGAAGUGAUUUUCUCACUAUGCAUGCAUCAAAUAUUGCUAAACUUCUUGAUCUGGUUGUUGGGAAUGUCAAUGAUAGAGGGUUGCUCUGUAUUCUUCCAGUUGUUGACAUUUUAAUUCAGUGUUUCCCAGUUGAUGCUCCACAGUUGAUCAGCUCCACUCUGCAGAAACUAAUCUUAACAUGCUUGACUGGAAAAGAUGAUCAUGAUCCUUCUCGGACAGCUGUAAAGGCGGCUUUGGCAGCUAUACUUGCAAGGACAUUGGUCAUGAACACCAAUUACCUUGCGCAGCUAACAUCAGAACCAUGGUUAAUCUUGCAUCUGCAAAGAGCUGGUCUUUCAGUUGAAGAAAAUAUCCUUCUAUGCCUGGUAGACUUAUGGCUUGACAAGGUUGACAACGUAAUUUCAAUUCAGAGGAAGACAUUGGGUUUAGCCCUCUCUGUAGUUUUGACUCUGCGGUUGCCUCAGGUAUUAGAUAGGCUUGAUCAGAUCCUAAGUGCAUGUACAAGUGUAAUCUUGGGUGAGAGUGAGGACUUAACAGAAGAAGAGUCCAGCAGCGAUAUUAGCUCUGGCCAGCCUCAUGUCCCAAGCAGAGAGUUCAGGAGGAGACAGAUCAAACUUUCAGACCCAAUUAACUUAGUAUCACUGGAGAACUCGGUGAGAGAGAAUCUUCAAGCAUGCGCUGCUCUUCAUGGAGAGGCAUUUAAUUCAGCUAUUGGUAAAAUGCAUCCUGCAGCCCUAGCCCAAUUGAAGCAAGCAUUGAAAAUGUCAUAAGCUAGAAGCUAGAUUGGAUGUUUCAGGCUGGGGCCUUUUAUUAUGUGAGGGGUCUACAUGCUUUCCAUGAUCCCCAAAAAGCUGAGGACAGUAUAGGUUUUGAAAAUACUCGAACUUCCAGAUUGUGAGUGCUCUGCAAUGAAUUCGUAUUUAGAUAAUAUUGUUUUGCGGAUAGGCUUGUUAUCCAUUAACGAGAGUCACUGCAGCAUGAUGUACGGUAAUUGAGGGUAAAUGAUUGAAUUUGUGGGGCUUUCAGGUGUUGGUUCUGCCACGUGGGAUUCCAGUUAUGUGCAUAUUUUGUGUGCCGAAGUUGAGUCAUCUGAUUUCGUGCUUUUUGUGUUUCUUUUCCAGUUUUCCAAAGGGAAAAAAAAAGUACCGGAAUAACAGUUUUGGAUGUGGUUGGAUGAUGCUUGUUUAAUAAAAAAAUCUGAAAAAAAGGUUCAUUUUGAUUGCA